ACUUGCAGGAUGAGAUCUCCUCCAUCCGCACCACUCUCGAGGCCCUGCAGCCAGCCAGAGAAGCCCAGAGUGGCAGCACAGAUUUACCAGCUACGACUUGCGUGAAGAAAGGGCGCAAGAGCGGCCAAAACGCUGCAGGUGGGAUGGAAGAGGGUCUGAAUGACUAUAAGGAUGUGCAAAAUAAGCUAAAGGACAUUCUGGAUAAGUCUGUGAUUAAGCUGUUGGAAUCCCUCUCGAAAAGCAACCUGCCUGAGAGAAGAAAUGCGAUCGAAUAUCUCAAGAACCGCCUCUCAGGCAUGAAGCCAGACGUUGUGGUGGAUCCCAUUUACAUCGGUGUCUUUGGCAGCACCGGCGCAGGGAAAAGCACGCUGCUGAAUGCCAUCAUGGACAAAAACUUCUUCUUGCCGGUGUCUGGGAGCAAAGCCUGCACGUCCUGCGUGGUGCAGGUCGGCACAGGCCUCAGCAGACAGUACGAGGCAAAAAUUCACCUUCUCACAGAUGAGGAGUGGAAGGAGGAGCUGAAGGGUCUGGUGGCACUUGCCGAACCAGAUGAGGAUGAUGAUGACUACGAAAGAAAUGAGGCUGUUUUGAAGAUCUCUACUAUCUAUGGGGAAGAAGCGGAAAGAAAGAGUUAUGAAGACCUGUGCAGCAUGAAACCCAUCGUCUCUAUUCCCAGUUCCAGAUGUGUCACCAUCAAGGCAACAACUGGAGAAGACCUUUCCGACAAAAUGAACCCAUAUAUCCGGAUUCAGAGCAUCUGUAGUGAUGCAAACGAAGGAACAAGUGAAGAAGACAGAAACACACAGCUGUGGCCUCUAGUAAAAAAUGUGGAAGUGACUGUCCCAAAGAUGAAAGUGGUCCCGGAAGGUGUUGUCUUCAUGGAUAUUCCAGGGACGGGUGAUGUCAGCAGCAAAAGGGAUGCGAUGUGGAAAGAGAACAUCAACAAAUGCUCUGUCAUUUGGGUGGUCACCUCCAUCGAACGUAUUCAGGGACAAAAAACCCAUGAGAUGAUGCUGAAAGAGGCUGUGAAGGCUUUCCAGGGUGGGAUGUGCAGGGACAUCUCCUUGGUGGUCACAAAAUCUGAUCAGAUGGAUCUAAACGAAUACAAGUGGGAAAGAAAGAAAGGCGAUAUAAAUAAACAUGACGCCAUCCUAGAAAGGAAUGAGAUGGUGAAGCAAGAGAAGGGAGUAAUGAUGAAGAAAAACCUAGAGAAAAAGCUUCCAAGUGACUCAGAAGUCCUGCACAAGGAUGAUCUCGUGUACACGGUCAGUGCCUGGGAGUACUGGAAUGGGGACACCCUCACCAAGGAAGAAACAGAAGUCCCAAAGCUGAGGGAAUACAUCCAGAAACUUUAUGAAGCACAGAAGAGGAAUGUGCUGAUGGAUAACGUGGAAGAGCUGUGGGUCAUUUUCUCACUGAUCCAGAGUAUCCAGUCCCAGCAGGAUGCACAGCACCUGCCUGUGAAGAGAAUUCUCUUGCAAGAUUUCAUAGAGAAGUUCAUUUGCCUUGGUGAAGAUAUCGAGAAAUAUUUUGAAGAGCUUGAACAGCCACUCCAUGAAGGUGUAGCUGAAGCAAAGAGGUUAUGUAAUGAAAGUAUCAAGAAGAUCCUGAAGCAAGUCCGUGAUAACCGGGGUUUUCACAAGACGCUGAAAGCUGUGUGCCUGAACAGUGGGGUGUACAUGUCCAAGAUUUUUGGCCGGAUAGACAUCAACCGCUCCCUGGCUCAGCCCAUCUAUGACAGCAUUGACAUGAGUUUUGGAAACAUAUUCAGGUGA